AUGGCGUUUAAACCCAAUUUCGACAAUGCCCUGUCGUUCGUUGAUAUUGUGAAGCAACGGUUUCACGAUCAAGAAAGCAUUUAUCGAGAGUUUCGUUAUCUAUGUGAAAGGUUCAGAAGAGAAUUUACAGAGCCAGAAAGUGUCAUUUCACAGGUGAAGAACUUGUUCAGCGGUCAUCCGGAUUUGAUUUCACAAUUUCUCAAUUUUGUGCCAAAGAUUUUACGGAGGGACAAAGAUGCUGCUUCUGCUUCAACAACGUCAAGAAAUUCAUCCGAUGAGGUUGGAAGGGAAAAAACAAAAUCCUGUAUUGAAUUUGUGAAUUGGGUUGCGGAAACAUUGCAGGAUGAUUACAAUUUUAAAUCGUUUCUUGAUGCUGUUAAUGGUUUUCGGAAAUACAAGGACAUUGAUCGGGUUCGUGAGAGGGUUUCUGUUAUAUUCAAGGAUCACCCGGAAUUGGAUAUUGAGUUUUCCAGGUUUUUACUGGAUGCUGUGCUGCAGCAGAUAACUGAAUGUGAAGAAGUCCUGUUCGAUUGUGAGGAAAAAAUGUAUGAAUUUGACAUGAAGUAUCAUUCUUUGAAAUCAAAUAUGGAGGCCGUGGAUCAAAUGGCAGAGGAACUGAAAAGAAAUCAGAACGAAUCGACCUCCAUUGAAGAUUACCUAGCCACCGUAAAGUCGCGUCUGAAUAAAAAGUACAUGAAGCUUAAUAAGGACCGCGAAAGGUCCAAGAUUAAGUGCGCAAGAAAUAUGAAAGAAACCCAUGAAAAGAUAAACAAUCAUAUGGUUUCUGUCAAGAAAGCAAGUGCAAGUGCAAAGAGGUCGAGCCCCGAAUCAACACUUAAGGCUGAAGACAACAAGGAGAAUACUUACUCUGAGAACGAGGCGAAUCCAAGAUCCAAGCAAGUUCAUAGGGUUAAAAGAUCUCAUUUCACAUCUUUUAAGUCAUCAUAUUUAUGCUGUAAGAGAGGAAGACAUAAAAAAAAUCCCCAGCUUCUCCAGUAG